AUGCCGAUCCCCCUACAUUGGGAUGAUGUCGGGGAGCGGAGAUUAUUGGGCCCCGAACUGGUCCAGCACACCAGAGACAAAGUACUUCUGAUUAAGCAAAGGCUUCAGGCUGCCCAGGACGGACAUAAAAGAUGGGCUGACAGAGGAAGAAGGGCCUUGAAAUUUUUGGAGGAAAACUUUAUCUUCCUAAAAGUUUCUCCAUCGAAGGAUAUUACCCGAUUCGGAAGACACAGCAAGUUAAAUCCUCACUACAUCGGCCCAUUCGAGGUUCUUGCCAGAAUAGGCAAGGUUGCUUACAAGUUGGCCCUGCCUCCAGAGUUAUCAGGUGUACACAACGUCUUCCAUGUCUCUCUGCUACGGAGGUACAUCCCGGAUCCCAGCCAUGUGGUGCCACAUGAACCUCUGCAAUUAAGUAAAGAUUUAACAUAUGAGGAGGCUCCCCUGCGCAUCAUUGACAGAAAAGAGCAAAUCCUCCGAAGGCGCACCAUUCCCUACAUUAAGGUCCAGUGGACCAAUCACACUGAAAGAAAAGCUACCAGGGAACUGGAAGAAAAGAUGCGUUAG